CUCCAUCACUUGAUAUAAUUCAAAAUUAACCUGCAGCUCUUCUUGAGCAACAGAAGACGAUGUCGUUUGGUGCCUGUCUAUCAUCCCCAGCUUCCCUUUCUCUCUUAUGCAGCGGCAAACCGUCCAUUAAUGGCUCUCGAAUUUCAGCUUCCGCUGAAGUUCCUGACUUCCUCUCUGCUGAUUGGCUUGAAUCUCGCAGGAAAAGGCCUUUCGGCCCAAGACUGAGUUUUAGUGCAGAAGAAGCUGUCCAGCACCAGCUCGAUGCAUUGAAGUACAAUGAUCAACCACGUCAAGAUUAUGGGAUAGAGGUUAUGUACAGGUUUGCUGGAUUUGAUCCAUUUGAAAGGUCCACAUACUUUGGACGCUUCUUUGAUUUGGGGCAGUUUGAAAGGUUUAGGAGGAUAUUUCAUCAUUCUACAUAUCGAGUUUUACUUGGUCACCAAGAAAGGAAGAUCUUGAGCAGUUUGUAUCCAAAAGAGAAUUGCUAUAAGCAAAGGGUUUGGGUUCGAGGAGCUCGACCUGAAGAAGAAGAAAUCUUCCAAUUUACCAUGGUUCAGCGAGUUGGUGGUUCUUGGGAUGGUUAUUGGCUGACAGAAUCAUUACUGCAUGAUGGAGAUUGUUUUUCUGGUGGCUUGGCGUAUUGACUGUUGACCCUGCUGUUUGAUGAUGGAAAUCGUAAAUUUACUAUUAGCAACAUGGGUUGCUUGCUGAAUUACAGGUUCUGUAGAUAUGCAGUAAAAAUUCAAAUCAUCGGAAUUUCUAUUAUUAAGUUUUCUUGACCUUGUACAGAAACUUCAGUCAGUAAAAGUAUAGCCUUAUGCAGAAGACACAAUUUAUAGCAUCCUAACAUGGAGCCUUUGAUUUUUUCUUA